CCAGUGGAUAACAUGCCGCGCACUGGGCAACUGCAUACACUUCGUGGCGCGCGGUCGCUGGACGAAACUUCACGCGCUCGAUCCGAUCACUGAAUAUGCUCAUUGGGGGUAUGAGACGAGUGAAAAGUUAGACUAACUUAAAAUGUCGGCGACUCAUGCCUCACCUUUGCCUAACAAAACCAACCAAUACGGGGAUGUGGACCAGGUUGAGGACAACUGGCAGAUUCUCUUUGGCUUAUCCUUUGCCAUUGCCACUGUCACUUGCAUAGGAGGUUUGUACUCGCUUAUGUCGCUGCUCAGGAUGAGGAGUAAGUCUUCCCUGUGUCUUAUAGUGGCUUCUCUGUCCAUAGACGACUUGAUCAGCGUCGUGCCACUCACGCUCUUCAUGAUCCUGCAAUGGAGGAGCGGAGAAGCGAACCGGUCGGGCGUAAUGUGCACCUUAUCCGGACUCCUCUAUGUUUUCCAAGGGUUGUCGAGCAAUAUGAAAGCCUGCCUCAUGGUCGCCUACACUUUUUACGUGACAAAGCGCUUUGGAGUGUAUCAGACCUCUAACCGGCCUCUCGGGGUGUUUGUGGCGGUGCUCGCGGUGUGGACGGUCAGUCUUGUGGUCAGCAUCCUGCCCGUGUGCGGUUGGGGUCGCUUCGCCCCCGCGUCUCUCGGCUGUCUCCCGGAGAACGAUAGCUUUUACGUGCUGCUUCUCUUCGCUGUUUACUCACUGUGUUUCUGCGGGCUGGUAGUGUGUUCGGUUCCUCUCAUGUAUCAGCUCAUGUGCUCCACGGAGGCUCUGAAAACGUUUUACCCAAGCUAUUUUGAAAUUGCCGGCUCGGCGCCGCUGUGUGAGAUCCCCUCUCUGUCACGGGAUAGCUUGGAGAAAAGUUUGGGAGCCUACAAUGAAUUCAACUCGAACACAGACAGUUUCAAGAACAAAACGGAGGCAUAUUCCCUCUCAUAUUCACCGGCAACCGGUCAUUUUCAGAAGGAUGGCGCGCAGAGUGCACUGCAUUCCCGGAUGUUUUUCUCUCAGAAACGCUUCUCCAUGAUUCUGGCCAUGGCUCGAAUGGUUUUGUGGAUGCCAAUGAUGACCCAGAUCUUGGUGAGUCACGUUGUUCACAUGCACAGCUCAUCCUUGGAGACUCUCUGUUUUUUCCUGACCUUGCUCUCCGCGGCGGUCACCCCGGUGUUCAUGCUUUCGGAGCGCUGGGUCCAUUUGCCGUGCGGCUGCUUCAUCAACUGCCGCCGAGGUUUAGGAUCAGAGCUCUCUGACGCAAAGAAAAGGAAAUUUGAAUUCAGCUUCUCCUUCCAGCCAGGCCAUGGCAUUUAUAAGAUCUCCCACGCCAAGUCGCCUUCCAUCGAGAAACCCUCGUUUAACAGUUUAUACAGCUGCGACUUCUCAGAGAGCAGGGUGGCCGUGCGGGACAGCGGUCGGAUCGGUAAGGUCAGCACCACAGCAGCGGAGGACAGCUCCCUCCACAGCGAGCUACUGCUGGUGGAGAGAUCGGAUGGCCCGCCUCAGAGCUCUGCUGAACGGGAUGGACCAUGCAGCGUCUCUCCUCAGGUCUCAGCCUGCGGUCAUGAAGACCUUAACCAUGACAACUCGUCUGUAUUCGACGGUCCGGAGAGGAGGCUGUCCCACGAGGAGUGUCGUAAGAUCGAGCUGACGGACUGGGAGUGGUGCAGGAGUAAAUCAGAAAGGACUCCGAGACAGAGAUCCACGGCUGGGUUGGCCAUACCAUUAUGUGCCUUCCAGGGCACAGUAUCUCUCCAUGCUCCCACGGGAAAAACAUUGUCCCUUUCCACCUACGAAGUCAGCAGUGACGGCCUCAAGAUCUCCCCCAACAAUGCAAAGAAGGUCGAGGUGUAUCGUUCCAAAUCAGUGGGUCACGAACCCAGUGCAGAAGAGCCCAACACCGGCAGUGGGGGUGUUGGAGGUGCUGGAGUCGCUGACACCAAUGUGAAAAUCCACCUAGAGGUUUUGGAGAUCUGUGACAACGAGGAGGCCAUGGACAGUGUCUCGAUCAUCUCCAACAUUAGCCAGUCAUCCACACAUGCCCGCUCACCUUCGCUACGUUACUCUCGCCGUGAGAAUCGCUUUGUGUCAUGUGACCUGGGCGAAACGGCCUCGUACUCGCUGUUGAUCCCCACCAGUAAUCCGGAUGCAGACAACAUCAACAUACACAUUCCAGAUACGGUGGAAGCACAUAGGCAGAACAGCCGGAGACAGCACCAGGAGACUGGAGGGUACCAGGAAGAGAUACAGCUGCUCAAUGAAGCCUACAGGAGGCAGGCAGAUGAACAAGGGAACUGACAAUAACAGAUACAAUAGGGUACACAAGUGGGCUGAGAUGGCCCAGGGAAGAAGUAUGGAAUGUUUGGAUAGAGAAUUUGUGACGAAGGGUUAUAGAACUGAAAGUUAAGGGUAUUCUAAAGCACCCAGGCCCAAAGAUUUGUUUACCAUCAAAGCACAAAUACAGUUAGCAGCAAGAAUAUUAGAGGCUGAAAUGGGAAAAAAACUGCCUGGUUCAAAGAAUCACAAGAGAGAUAUUGUUCUGCCAAGCUGUUUGCUUUAGUAAGCAAUUGAGAUAUAAAAAUAGGCUGGAAGCAUUAUGUGGUUUUCAGAUUUGUAACUGCCUUUGAGAACAUUUUAUCUGCAAUUUGGCAGAUAAAUCAUUAAUCUUAGAGGCACAGUACAACAAAUCUUAAGAUGAGGUUCACGAGACAGAGUUUCAAGCAUCAGGGAGGAUAGGUCGGAGGCUUAUGAUGGUGAUGGUGACUCUUAGAUGGUGAGAAGUGGAGCUGUAGUGGUAUGAAUGAAGCACUGGAGAAAAAGUCUGAAGUCCUUGAGCUGAUGAAAAUGACAUAUAGGCUGAAAGAAAGGUUAUUGAGGACUCGGGCUUCACUCUUCCCUCUGAUGUUCUGGCAUUUACUGAAUACAAAUAUAAGUGCACAGAUAGAGAGGGUUGAGGAGGGAGCUGAAUACAGAAGGACAAAUGUUGUUAUGUGUAUGUGUGUCUGUGGUGGUUGCGAGAUAGACAAAUAAAGGGAUUGCGAGGGUGUGCGCAGAAGAAGCAACUAAACUAAAUUAAGUAUUUAAGUAUUCUAGCUCAGGCAUAGACCAUAUGGCAUACUGAAAUAAAAGAUGCCAAAUGUGUACAUCACAUUUUUAUUUUUUAAGUACAGUACAUUACAUUUUGUUGCUCUGCUCAAGAAUUGCUAAUAACACAGUUGGGGUGUAUUUCCUCACAAUCUAAAUGUACACUUAGUAUGCAUGAAUAUGCUGAUUAGCUAUAUGUAUGCUUGCUAGGUAUUUGUACACCAUUUUAUUGUACUAAAGCAUUUCACAUGUUCUGAUGUAUCAAAAUCCCUGACCUUGGCUGCUGAGAGAGAGAGAGAGAGAGAGAGAGAGAGAGAGAGAGAGAAAACAGAGAUGGUAUCUCAUCAAAUACAGGCUCCGUGAUCACAGUCUGGCCUUAGAAAAAGGGAGACACAGACAAACAUGGCUUCCAGCUCACUGUGACACUGUGAGGUCGAGACAGAGACAGCACUUUCUCCUUCACUGUGAGAAAUGUACAGAGGUGAAAUACUUUGACAAACCUCAUGCCACAGUUUUCCAGUUCAGCAGAAACCAAUCAAAUGCAGGUGUUACUGGGGGAGGACAAUCAUGCAUCAGCUGCAGCAAAAUUCAUUUUUGAAGUGCACACCCUCAGAAACCAAUUACUGCCUUAAUGUACUUCGUUCACCGUAUUUAAAAAAAAAAAAAAAAAAAAUGUAUGUACAUUCUGUCUUGUUAAAUGCUUCUUUUAUUUUAUAUUGUAUAGUGUAUAUUGUUAUUAUAGUUUUUAUUUUAUUCAUUACCUGGCACCUUAUUUUAAUUCUAUUUUUAUUGUUAUUUGUUACUGUUUUUAUUUUUUUGUCUUGUCAUUAUCUGUUUUGUGUAUUAAUGCUUUGGCAAUAUCAUAUGUAAACACAAUCAUGCUAAUAAAGUACUUUAAAAUUGGAGGGCAUUUUAUGCAGUUAAAUCACGAUUCAGCCAUAUGAAAUUACCAAUUAAAACAUGGAUUAAAUUAUACAACUAAAUCAUUAAAGCAAUGUUAUUAUAUGGAUGUGAAAUUUGGGGACCAGACUUAAAUGUUCAAAAUUGGGAUAAAACUGCAGUAGAAAAAAUUCAGUUGGAAAGAAUAUUUUGGGGGUACAUGGAUGCACUUCCAAUACCGGCUGCAGGACUGAAUUAGGCUUAUAUUCCCUAAACAUUGAAAUACAGAAGAGAUCUGUUCAAUUCUGGCAUCACCUCCAUCAGUCUGAUCCCGAGUCAAUAAAAUAUAAAGCCCUUCUUGUGAUUGACUCCAGGUACAACUCUAAAAUCAUUAUUAAAGACAAUGAGAAAACCUAAAAGAUACUCAUGAUAAAACAUUAAAAACUCAAUUUAACCUCCAAAACAAAUUCCAAAGUUAUUCGGCCCUGAAUAGAACUACUUAUCAAUUAAACAAUUUAAAUAUAAUAAAUAUAGAUUAAAAUACAGAUUAAGUGAUCAUGAUCUAGAAAUAGAGAGAGGAAGACAUAAGAAAGCCUGGACACUGAGAGAGCAGAGAAUAUGCAGACACUGCGACCUAAAGCAAAUAGAGGAUGAGAAACACUUUCUUCUCAUCUGUCCCAAGUACCACACUGUGAGAGUAAUGUUUUUCCUCAAACUUGAAACACUGAAUCCAUCAUUCCUUAUACUCAGUGAUUCAGAGAAAACCCCCUAUAUACUUGGAGAGGACGACAGCACAGCCGCACUAGCUGCUAAAUAUGUGUGCCAUUCACACUGUUCGACAUGACUAAUUCACUGUAUACACUUAAUUCAUAAUGUACUGUAUAUAUCCUCCUAUUUUGUGUAUAUAUACAGUAUAUAUAUAUAUAUAUAUAUAUAUAUAUGUCUUUUUAUUCUAUUUAAUCAUUCAUAGUAUUUAAAUGUUUAAAUGUUCCUUUUUUUCCCAUUACUACUAAUUGUUGUAUUUAUUAUUGUAUUAUUAUCUCAUUUAAAACAGUUUGUAUUUACAUAACCUUAAAAAGC